AUGGCCCAGGAAUUCAAGCUCAAGGGCCUCGAUAAACUCGACCUGAAAGACCUCGACAAGAUAGAGGUGGAAGUUGACGGCAUUGAAGGUGGAAAAGUCCUCCUAUGCAAUGUUAACGGCCAGGUGCACGCACUGAAUGCCAACUGCACGCAUUAUGGCGCACCGUUGAAGCUGGGUGUCUUGACGCCCGAGGGCAGAUUGACCUGUCCGUGGCACGGAGCCUGCUUUAACGUACACAACGGAGAUGUCGAAGACUCACCUGCCCCCAUGGCGUUGAACAAAUUUAAUGUCAUGGAAAAAGCCGGUGGUGUAUACAUCACGGGAAAAGAGGCAGACAUCAAAGGUGGAAGGAGGACAGUCAACAUCAAGACCACUCCUUCUUCUCAAGAGAGGCUGGUUAUCGUUGGAGGCGGAUCUGGCACAUUCGGCGCCCUUCUUAAACUCCGCGAACUCGGCUACAAGGGCCAUGUCACAGUCAUCACCCACGAAGGCUAUCCGAUUGAUCGCACAAAACUCUCCAAGGCCCUCAUCACCGACGCCUCGAAGCUGUACCUGCAACCCGAGGAGUGGUACGCCGACGGCUCGGUGGAAUUCUUUCCUGACACCGUCACCUCCGUCGACUUUGACGGCAAAACUGUUCAAACCAAGACAGGCAAAUCUCUUCCCUAUACGAAACUCAUCCUCGCCACAGGUGGGACGCCGCGUCAACUCCCUCUCCCUGGUUUCAAGGACAAUCAACUGGGCAACAUCUUCCUGCUGCGGAAAGUCAGCGACGUGCAAAACAUCAUGAACGCUGUCGGCGACAAGGGCAAGAAGAUUGUCGUUGUCGGCUCAAGCUUUAUCGGUAUGGAGGUUGGCAACGCCUUGGCCAAAGAGAAUACGGUAAGUAUCGUGGGCAUGGAAUCCGCUCCACUCGAGCGUGUAAUGGGAACCGAGGUGGGAAAGAUCUUCCAGCGCAUGCUCGAAAAGAAUGGCGCGAAUUUUACCUCAACGCAGGUUUCUGUGGGCGCCGUCAAACUAAAAGAUGGCACCGAACUCGAAGCCGAUCUCGUCAUCUUGGGAAUUGGCGUGUUCCCUGAAACGACAUACCUUCGCAACAAUCCCAAAGUACAACUCGAGAAAGACGGCAGUAUUUCGGUUGACGAAAACUUUGCGGUCAAAGGCCUGCAAGAUGUCUGGGCCAUUGGCGACAUUGCCACCUACCCCUACCACGGCCCCGGAGGAAACGGCACCCCCGUGCGCAUUGAACAUUGGAACGUCGCACAGAACAUGGGUCGCACUGUGGGCCAGUUAAUCGCUCAACCAGGCAGCAAGCCUAAGCCCUUCAUUCCCAUCUUCUGGUCCGCCCUUGGGAGCCAGUUGAGGUAUUGUGGCGCCACACCGAAUGGGUGGGACGAGCUGGUGUUGAAAGGAGAGCCAGAGAACAACAAGUUUGCGGCAUUUUAUUGCAAGGGCGACACAGUGGUGGCCAUGGCAAGCAUGAUGAUGGAUCCCAUAAUGGUCAAGUCUGCCGAGUUGAUGAGACGAGGGAAGAUGUUAACCAAGAGCGAUAUCCAGGGUGGGAAGGAUGUCUUUGCGGCGACUCUGUGA